AUGAAAGCAAAUUUCAGAAUAAGUCAGAGACACAAUUUAUCGUCUAGACUGGCAAGAGUUUCCGUUGCUUCUUCUAUUGAACCUAUGUCUAGAUGCUAAUCUGCCUGGAGAUAAUCCGAAUUUCAAAAGCACUCAUUGCAUAAGAUAGCGAGACCAAAUCCUCAUAAAUCAGAGCAUCUUAUUAGGAUAUCAAUCAAUGGCGGUGAUAACAGUGAUUUCUAACCUAACUAUGGGAAUCCACUUUUAGUUAGAAGUCCAUAGGCGUUUUCACCUAAAUAAUAGGACGCGGAAAGUGAUGAAUAAUAAGUAGAAAAGCUUCCUGAAGUUCCGCCUGAUCUUCUAAAAGAAAGGAAAAACAUAUUGAUUGCUGUUCUUGCAUCUCUAUUUACGAUACAGCUUUUUUUCUUGAACAUUGAGAGUAUUUUACCGACCUACAUAGAUGAUAAUCACAAAGGCCUGACUGAAACUCACACAUCUGUCAUCAUGAUUACUAUGGAAUUAGCAUGUUUUAUCUUGGCUCCUCUCGUUGGAGUUUAGCUUGAAAGAAUUGGCAAGAAAAACUCUAUUAUCAUCGGUUUCGUAAUUAUGGUAACAGAAAUUAUUAAAUUUAUUAAUACUUGCCAGGUUUUAUCCACAAUUGGUUUGGCAUUGACUGCAUUCAUUGAGGAUGACUGGUGGUAUUUUGGAAUCUGUAAUGUAGUCAGAUUAUUGCAAGGAUUAGGAGAUAUAGGAGUGUAAACUUCAUGCUAUUCGAUUCUGACAUCUAUUUUCCCUGAGAACAGAGAAAAAUACUUGGGAUAUGGAGAAGCUUCAGCUGGUGUUGGACUUAUGGUUGGCCCAGUAAUUGGUGGUUUACUUUAUUCGUAUUUGGGAUACUUUUGGUGCUUCAUAAUAUUCUCACUUAUCAUUUUAAUUACCACCGUUUUGUGUUUCUUUGUACUUCCUGCAUCACUAAAUAGAGUUGAAGAAAAUUUAGAUGAGAAUGGUGAGCAAGUCUAAAGCAAUGGUAGAGAAGUUACAUAUUGGAUGUUCUUAUCAAACAGAAGAGCGUUGUUUGCUUUUACUGGUUGUGGGAUUAUUUGUAUUCUGACAUCAUACUCAUCAGGCUAUUUAACUGUAGUGCUCUCGGAUUAAAUGAAUGUUUCCUCUGAGUAUAUCGGCUUGAUUUUGGCUCUUCCAGCAGCUGCUUAUAUAAUAAGUUCAAUAGCUGUUAAUUAUUUCGUCGAAUACAUACCUAGAAGAAUAUUUAUAUUCGCAACAUUCUUAGUAUAUACCUUUGCCAUAUUACUAAUGGGUCCUUCAUAACUAUUGGACUUCCCAAAAGAUUUGUAUAUCUUUUUGAUUGGAUAUUUUGUAUCAGGAAUAGCUCAAGGUUUUCUAUUCAUCCCCAUUCUACCCGAAGUUAUAGAUUCCAUAUAUAUUAAAACUGGGUAUACCGAAGGAGAAGAUUUAGUCUUCGAUGGUCUUGUUAGUGAUAAAGCCGCUGCACUUUAUGGAUCUUUCUAUUCACUAGGACUAAUCGUUGCUCCACUCUUAGGUAGUUGGGUUUAUUAGCUCGUCGAUAGCGAUUGGCCCCUUACUUGUGACUACUUCGCCAUUUUCGCUGCAUCAUUUAGUCUUAUAUUUUUCCUUGGAAAUGUGCUACCCGAUAUUUUAAAUGACAAAAAGGAAAAGGAAGAAUUAGAGGGUAAAAGAUCUGAAGCAAGAAGAUAGACCGACAGGUCAAUGUUUUUAAAGGGAAGAAAUUUCUCCAAGUUUUCAAGAAACGACAGCAUCAACGAUGUGCUAGGUACAGAAAAAUCAGAUAAAGAAGAAGAUUCUACUGGUCAGAAUCUCAAAUCAACAAUUGCAGAAACAGCAAAUUUCAAAGAUUCUAAAUUGCAAAAAUUCUUAUAUUGA